AUGAUCCUUUGUAAAUAACUUUGGUCUCCCUACAUUAAUUUUCUUAAUUUUUAUAGAUUUCAAUAUCAAUAAUUAACAAAGUCUCAAAUCUAUCUGCACUUGUGCAAAUCCAGAUGAUUAUAAUUAGUGGAUUAUUUACAUUUUUUCAUUUCUGAAUUUUUUUAUUAUGGCAGGAAAAAAUAAAUCCUUGUGUAAUCAAAGGGCGCCUAAGAAUGGGCAUAUAUUAAGCUAUUUCUCUAAUUUGAAGAAUACAGUGAAUGGAUUUUUGUGUGUGUUUUAUGAAGCCACAGAUAAAAGUAGGAAAAAAGUAUUAAAUAAUAGUAUUCACCACAGUGAGGAAAAUAAAAUAGUCAUACAUUUUUAAAGUUAUGUCUGAUAUAUGUAAGUUAAUCCAACAGUGGUUUUAUAGUCUGAAUAUGCAGAGUCUCUGAUGUGAAAUAUAAGCUAAACAAGCUAAUCAGAGUCCUCAGUCCUAAUGGGACUAAUGCAAGAAGUAAAGGAUGCUAUUAACAUAAUGUAUUUUGCAUCAUGCAUGAUUGCACACGCAUGGGGUGCCUUAGUCCUACUUAUAACGUUAUCACAUUGUUUUUCAUUUGUUUCAUAUUCUAAGCAGAAAUGCUUGGAAACAUUGCCAGCCUUCCUCCCCUGCCUCAAUCCGAAACAAAUACAGAAAAACAAUCAGUAAAAAUUUCUAAAAACCCAUCAGUUAAUGAUUUCACUUGCUUUAGAACGAUUAGACUGACAAAAAUUAGAUAUGAUAUAUUUUAACUUAAUCUAGCAUGAUAUAUAGAGAGUAUCCCAGAAAUAAAUAAUUUUUUUGUAUCACAUUUUCCUUUUGUGUAAUACAUUUUAUCUCAGUAGUUGUCAGUAUUUUAAAAUUAACUGAGAAUAGACCAUUCAAAUUGAGGUCUGCCAGGCAUGAAACAGACACUUUUCCAUUAAUCACCUGAAUUAAUACAAAGUCUGCUUGUGCUGAUGACAUCUACUUGGGUGGACUGACUUUCUUACUGUAGAAUAGGAUUUAAAUUCAAAACAUCUUGACAAAUUAGUGAAGUGGGAAGAUGUGAAUCAAAUUGAGUUCAAUAGGGACAAAGUGGAGGAUAAUUCAUUUGGGCAGGAAAAUAAUUUCCAGAAAUAAGAGAAAAGGACCCCUUAGAAGUAGCUAAAAGGAGAGCUAAUGGUUGUAGCCAAAUAGACAUAAGAAUUCCAAUGUAGUAUGAAAAUGAAAUAGGAAAAAGGGAUUCCGAAUAGAUAUAACAUUCGGGAAAUGGGAGGUUUUUGUAUCAUGGCCAUAUCUUUAUUAGAGAAUUGUAAGCAAUCCUGAAAUGAAAUUUGAUCCAGAGAACACAAAGUGGUAGGAAAGGCCACACGGCUGACUAAAAAGAGACAUCACUUUCUUUAUGAUGAAUUAAAAUGAUCUGCCUGCCGCAUAAGACACCUGACACACUAUCACAUUGCCAACACACUGACAAUUAAACAGGGAAGCCAGAGUAAUUUUUAUUAGUGGAACUUGCCAUCUUUUUAAAGUAUUUCAGUAUCCUCCUGUCUUCAAACUGAUGCAUAGGUUAGCUACGUUAUACCCCAAUAUCCUUUUGGAAUUAAAAUUCUUUGAGGAAAAUUAAGAUAUUCUCAUGAACUAGCUGGGUUUAAUUCACUCCAAAGGUGCCAAAAAUCUGAAAGAACUCUACUUGUUUUUAAUCUACACUGGGUUCCUGGCAUGCCAUGGUAUCUUAUUGCAUAAUGCCCUUUUCGUGUAAUUCUAUCUCAGACCCUGUGGCUCUGGGGAAAUUCAUAAUAGCAUGAAAGCACCCUUUUCUGAAAAUAGUAUGAAAUCAUGGUUAGGAUGAUUUUUUUUUCAGUAGGAUUCAGAAGGAUGAACACUACAAAGUUUUUCCAAAGACUGAUCCACGUAUUUUUAACUCAUUAUUCACACGACCCCAAUUACUUCCUACUUCCCAUAUUUACCAUCUGCUGUCAGACUAUAUUUUCUUCUUCAGAAACCAUGCAUAAUACCUGAGUUUGUCAUUUUGUUUUUUUAAGAUGAAAUAAAUGCAUUUAAAAUAAUCCCAAUCACAUUUUUAAUAUGCUUAUGAAUGCCAUUACAUGUAAUAAAUGUGGGAAUCACUUGUGAAAUUCAAUAAAAGCUUUUCUCAGACUAGUAAACUAAGAUUAGAGGCCAACUUGGCCGGGCGCGGUGGCUCACGCCUGUAAUCCCAGCACUUUGGGAGGCCGAGGCGGGCGGAUCACGAGGUCAGGAGAUCGAGACCAUCCUGGCUAACACGGUGAAACCCCGUCUCUACUAAAAAUACAAAAACAAAAAAAAAAAUUAGCUGGGCGCGGUAGAGGGCGCCUGUAGUCCCAGCUACUCGGGAGGCUGACGCAGGAGAAUGGCGGAACCUGGGAGGCGGAGCUUGCAGUGAGCCGAGAUCGCGCCACUGCACUCCAGCCAGGGGGACAGAGCGAGACUCCGUCUCAAAAAAAAAAAAAAAAAAAAGAUGAGAGGCCAACUUAAAACAAACCACUGCCCAUGGACCAAUCAGCAUGCACUUCCUCUCCUCUGAGGCCCAUAAAAGCCUCAGACCCAGCCAGACUCAAGUAGAGGAUGGAACGACCAGCUGCAGAGAGGAGCUGCCCACCCCAGGGUCUCCUCUCUGCUGAGAGCUGAAGGGACAACAGCACAGCCAGCUGUGGAGAGGAGCUUUCCACUCCAGGGUCUCCUCUCUGCUGGAAGCUGAACACUCACUGGGACACGCCAGCUGCAGAAAGGAGCUACUCACUAAUCGGCUGUUGAGUGUGCUCUCAAUGGAGCUUUGGUUUUAGCUGUUCUCUGACAAAGAGCUUGUUCUGAGCUGCACAUCUCAUCCUCUUUGUUCAGCCUCAGGCUUCAAGCAUUGAAUCCUAAAUAUUCUCCAGCUGGGAAUCAGACAAGGGCAGAAAUGAAGAACCCAGAAGCCCAGCAGGAUGUUUCAGUUUCCCAGGGAUUUCGCAUGUUGUUUUACACGAUGAAACCCAAUGAAACUUCAUUCCAAACAUUAGAAGAGGUGCCUGAUUAUGUAAAAAAGGCAACUCCAUUUUUCAUUUCUUUGAUGCUGCUUGAACUUGUUGUCAGCUGGAUUCGCAAAGGAAAGCCACCAGGUCGCCUGGAUGAUGCUUUAACGUCAAUCUCAGCUGGUGUUCUGUCUCGACUUCCAAGUCUAUUUUUCAGGAGCAUUGAACUGACCAGUUAUAUUUAUAUCUGGGAGAACUACAGGGUGUUCAAUUUGCCUUGGGAUUCUCCAUGGACUUGGUAUUCAACCUUCUUAGGAGUUGACUUUGGCUACUACUGGUUCCAUCGUAUGGCUCAUGAAGUUAAUAUUAUGUGGGCCGGACACCAAACACAUCAUAGUUCUGAAGACUAUAACUUAUCCACAGCACUGAGACAGUCUGUCCUCCAGAUAUAUACUUCCUGGAUUUUCUACUCUCCCCUGGCCCUCUUCAUACCCCCUUCAGUAUAUGCUGUUCAUCUUCAAUUCAAUCUUCUUUACCAAUUUUGGAUCCAUACAGAGGUCAUCAAUAACCUUGGUCCUUUGGAACUGAUUCUUAAUACUCCUAGCCAUCAUAGGGUUCAUCAUGGCAGAAAUCGUUAUUGCAUAGACAAAAAUUAUGCUGGCAUUCUUAUUAUUUGGGAUAAAAUUUUUGGGACAUUUGAAGCAGAAAAUGAAAAACUUGUAUAUGGCUUAACACAUCCCAUUAAUACAUUUGAACCAAUCAAAGUGCAGUUCCAUCACUUAUUUUCCAUAUGGACUACAUUCUGGGCCACACCUGGAUUCUUCAAUAAGUUUUCUGUCAUAUUUAAGGGACCAGGAUGGGGUCCAGGUAAACCAAGACUUGGUCUCAGUGAAGAAAUUCCAGAGGUCACUGGCAAAGAAGUUCCCUUCUCAUCAUCUUCAUCUCGGCUAUUAAAGAUAUAUACAGUUGUACACUUUGCUCUGAUGUUGGCAUUUUAUGAAGAGACCUUUGCAGAUACAGCUGCACUGUCGCAAGUUACUCUCCUUCUGAGGGUUUGCUUCAUUAUCCUGACCUUGACUUCCAUUGGAUUUCUUCUGGAUCAAAGACCCAAGGCAGCUAUUAUGGAAACUCUCCGUUGCUUGAUGUUCUUAAUGCUGUACCGAUUUGGUCACCUGAAGCCUCUUGUCCCUUCCUUGUCAUCUGCUUUUGAGAUUGUUUUUUCCAUUUGCAUUGCUUUCUGGGGAGUUAGAAGCAUGAAACAACUCACCACUCGCCCUUGGAAAUAACCUGAAUUUGUACAUAAUUCUCUUCUUUUAAUGAGUUGUCCACAAGCAUAUUAUGACGGCAUAUUAAAAUGUAAUUAUUUUAUAUAAUGCUUAUAUGAAGUAUUUCUUCAGUGAAAAGUAAAAUUACUUGCUUACUAUUGUUUGCCUUUCACAUUUGUUAUUUUCUAUUAAAAAUUAAAGUCAGUUUUGGUUACUUCCCCCCGUUACUACAAUUAAAAAAAGAUUUCAAAUAUAAUGAUGUUAUAUUAACUGAUAGCCUAUAUGACAACAAGUAUAAAAAGAAGGGAUGAAACUUAAAAACAGUAAAAACAAGAAGGAAUAUUGCCUUUACAUCAAUUUGAAAACAAUGUUUCCUUUGAUGUUUGCUAAAAUUAUGCAUAGAUACAUGUUUGUAGUCAUAAAAAUGUAUUACAUUGGUUGUCUUCCUAAGGCCACAGUUACCUUUGCAAUCCGUAUAACCUAAGAAGCUGCAUUCCAGAAAAAGACAUCACUGAGGCCAGGCGCGGUGGCUCAUCCCUGUAAUCCCAGCACUUUGUGGGGCUGAGGUGCGCGGAUCAUGAGGUCCAGAGAUGGAGACCAUCCUGGCCAACAUGGUGAAGUCCUGUCUCUACUAAAAAUAUAAAAAUUAGCUGGACAUAGUGAUGUGCGCCUGUAGUCCCAGCUACUCUGGAGGCUGAGGCAGGAGAAUCGCUUGAACCUGGGAGGCAGAAGUUGCAGUGAGUGGAGAUUGCACCACUGCACUCCAGCCUGGGCGACAGAGCGAGACUGCGUCUCAAAGAAAAAAGACAUCACUGAAAGACAAACGAAUAGAAUUUGUCAGAAUUAGUUUUUUCAACAGGUUACUUUGUCAUACAUUUCUCUAAUAUGCUUGGUCAAUUUGUUUUGGCAGACUGAGCAGCAUGCAGCAAUUCUGCAUUAUUUAAAAUUGUCAGAACAAUGUUAAUUCUCUAAAUAAAAUUACCCAAGGUGUUGUGUGUACAUUGUUCGUUGGGAUUGUAAAAAUCCACCAAGUGUUUCGUUAGGAGGGAACUGACAGGGAUAAGCAGGAUGAAGUCCAAAGAACGAGAACUGGAAAAAGUUAAAAAAAAAUCUUUAUUUUUCGUUUAUCCAAUAUUUCUUGAAAUCAAGUUAAAAUUU